AUGGCAAUGGGCUACCACCAAAAUGCUUUUUAUGAAAACUGUUCAUUUCAUGAAACAAAAAACAAGGAUACCACAAACACAUACAUGCAUUACAAUUGCAUCAAGUUGACCAAUUGUGAGGAAAAGCUGGAAAGCAAAUUGCAGUUCUGCCAAGGUAUCUAUUAUGAGGGGUAAUUUAGUAAUAUCAACUGAGUUGAUAACGUAAACUGACUACCGUGAAGAGUUUCAAAGAUGACGUUUUGAGUGUUAGCCCUUCGUCAUAGUCAUUUGCUACCGUUUGGGUUCAUUGGAAGAAAAAAUCCAGCAGAGUCAUCUUCACACUUCUUCCUCUCUAAGAAAUAAUUUACAUAUAGGUCCCCUUUAGAAGAUUGUGUUUCUUUUUAAAAGAACCGAUAUCACGUGCAAUCUAAGAAGCAAUCACUGUCCUGUCCAAUGCGAUCAGUGGCUCUUGUAUUACAGUAUGGCCGUGAGAUCUUUAGCCGAUCUUUAGAGAUCCUCAGCUUUCCGUUGGUAACGAGAUACAGUAGGGAAAUAACUAGAUGCGAAGUCUUCGACGUGAUUGGGAGAAGUUCGUGCGGAAACCUUAAGUCAAAUUGUCGACUGCCUUCCUUUUGGGGCAAAUAUGUAUUAUAAAUGUACCCAGAGAAAAAUUUUCUUGAGAUCAUGUAUCGGCUUUUUUUAUUACUAUUUAUUGUUCUAAUAAGCGACAUCUUCAUUUAUAAAGUUCAAGUUCGCCUAAAUGGAGCAAAUGUGGACUACGGUGGAAGAGUAGAAGUAUUUUUCAGGGGGAAAUGGGGAAAGAUCUGCCGUAAUGCAUGGGACUUCAAUGAUGUUAAAGUGAUUUGCCGUCAACUCGGUUUCGAAGAUGCUCUGGCUGAGUUCAUUGGCUCAGAUGUGAAGGAAGAUGAAAUUCCGUUUGUAAUGUCUGAUGUAGCCUGCUCAGGAAGUGAACCUCAACUGGCAUCAUGUCCUCGUACUGAUGAAAAUCUCAAAAGAGAUGUUAAUGUGUCUGCUGAACUGUGUCGAAAAGAUUACAAAGCAGCUCAAGCGUUGUGUCAACCCAGUAAGACUUUUCUUUCAGAUCAAAUCCCGUUUAAUCAA